UAGUUAUGGUAAAGAUGACGGUACAUCUCGAACGAAAGAAGUAAUUAAGGAAGCUGUGCCAAUAACGACACAUAAACUUUCCAGUAACUGACGAUGACCUCAUACGUAAUCGCAGCAAACGUGAACAAUGAUGAAGUUAUUAGAAAACCAUUGAGAAAUGAUACCAUAAAAGCAGAUACAAGGAGGCUUAAAACCGUAACACUCGAUAGAGUUGGUAGGAUUUUUAAAUCCCGAGGACAGACAUGCGAGAUGGAUAAAGCCGAAAUGAACUUGGACAAUGCAAUGAGUAUAACAGAAUCUGAGGAAAAAUACGACGAGCAAACUUCGAGGAAGGACAAAACCAAUUCUUUGGGAAGAAUGUUAAAGUUGGUGGACAAAGAUGGCGCACCAAAGAAGCUUUUCCCUCAUCCACGUGCUGGAUCCUUGAGUAGGAUUUUUCGUAAACAUUCGACUAAUGUGAACAUCGAAACCGUUGACAAGACAGAGGAAGAAUCCCCCGGAAUUUUUUCAAGAAUGUUUAAUCAUCUAAGAGGUCGUUCCGCAAAUAGCAGAAAUAGGAGCAAUUCAAACAACUUACGCGAAACAAUGGAAAAAGAAAAGUCCUCGUUACCUCCGAAAUUACCAAUGAGUUCGAAAAUAUUGUCCCAAAAAUCUUCAAAACCACCAUUAUCGGUAUCAUCCUCAUCGUCAUCGGCGGCUGAAAAGCAGCAACCAACGAGAUCAUCCCAAAGAACUUUUAAUCUAGCAUACAAAUCUUAAAUUUCUCGUUGAUCGAUCCAUACAAAUUUAUAGCUUAUAAUUGUGAAAACGAACAAAAGAACAGAAAAAAGCAAUAACAAAAAAGACAACAUUAUACA